CUAUUAAUGGCGCAGCUAGUUUCCUCAUCUGACUUUCUUCUUCAAAUAACCUAAAGACUAACGAUCAGAAUCCAACUGCAGGACUUCUGCUGCUCUGUCACAUCCACCACCACAAUGGUUGAUUUUCUAGCUGAAAACAAUCUCUGUGGUCAGGCAAUUCUUCGAAUUGUCUCCUGUGGAAAUGCCAUCAUUGCAGAACUUCUGAGACUUUCUGAAUUCAUUCCUGGUGUUUUCAGGCUAAAGGACAAGGCUGACCAACAGAAGUAUGGGGAUAUCAUAUUUGAUUUCAGUUAUUUUAAGGGGCCUGAGACUUGUGAAGGCAAACUGGAAGCCAAACCUGAGUUACUGGAUUUAGAUGAAGAAUUUCGUGAGAACAACAUUGAAAUUUUGACGAGAUUUUAUCUAGCUUUUCAGAGUGUACAUAAAUACAUUGUAGAUUUAAACAGAUAUUUAGAUGACCUCAAUGAAGGAAUUUACAUUCAGCAAACAUUAGAAACAGUCCUCCUUAAUGAAGAUGGAAAACAGCUUCUAUGUGAAGCGCUCUAUUUAUAUGGAGUCAUGCUACUGGUCAUUGAUCAGAAGACUGAAGGAGAAGUCAGAGAAAGAAUGUUGGUUUCCUACUACAGAUACAGUGCAGCCCGAUCCUCUGCUGAUUCUAAUUUAGAUGAUAUCUGUAAAUUGCUUCGAAGUACUGGAUACUCAAGCCAACCUGGAGCUAAAAGACCUCCAAACUACCCCGAGAGUUACUUCAGCAGGGUACCCAUAAGUGAAACAUUCAUUAGCAUGGUUAUUGGCCGCUUACGGUCAGAUGACAUUUAUAACCAGGUUUCGGCAUACCCGUUACCAGAACACCGCAGCACUGCCCUGGCUACUCAGGCCGCGAUGCUCUAUGUGAUACUGUAUUUUGACCCUUCUGUUCUUCACACUCAACAAGCAAAAAUGAGAGAGAUUGUGGAUAAAUACUUUCCAGAUAAUUGGGUUAUUAGCAUUUACAUGGGAAUCACUGUAAAUCUAGCAGAAGCAUGGGAACCUUACAAAGCUGCGAAAACUGCCCUGAACUACACACUGGAUCUUUCAAAUGUCAAAGAGCAGGCAAGCAGAUAUGCUGGAGUCACUGAGCGAGUGCACACUCAGGUGCAGCAGUUUCUCAAAGAGGGCUGUCUAAGGGAAGAGCUGGUGCUCGACAACAUUCCCAAGCUGCUGAAUUGCCUGCGAGAUGGCAAUGUAGCAAUCCGCUGGCUGAUGCUUCACACUGCAGACACAG